CUGAUUUUUUUUUACCCAUCUAGCUCCCGCUGUGCAGUCGUCAAGGAAGGAGAGCUUAUUGAAUGCAGUUGAAGGGGUGCUAUGUGUAGAACCCAACUCGAAAACGUGUUUCCAGCGCCUAUCACCCCGGUAAAACUCGUUGGAGCAGCCUUUGCUUCGGUUGUACUGUUUGAGUACGCAAAGAUCAAGAUGUGAUUUGCCAAGGGGGUCGCCAAGCGUACUGGGAGUUGCGACGAGAAUUGCAUUGAGGUAACUGAGCAGGAUCUGAAAUGUAUGAAAUGAAUGUAUGAAAGAAAGAACUGUGCAUAACAGGCGCUAACACUAUGAACAAAGGCGUGGUGGGCCGAGUCUGAAGUUAUGACGUAAAGUUGUUUGCACUUUGGUUUCUCCGGAUCAGGACUAGAGCAAUGGAAGAAGAGCAAGCAGCAAGCUUGGAGCCACAGUCAGAAAUGAACAUUCCUGAUGCUUUGUCUAAGCUUUGGACAGAUGUAAUGGGAAUGCUGGAUGGUUCACUGGAGAACAUUGAUGACCUUACAGAGCAAUAUGCUGAUUAUUACAACACCUGCACUACAAAUGUUUGUGAAAGAAUGGAGAGACUACACAAACAACAUAUUUCACAAGAUCUUAAUGUAAACCACAGAAUAAAGAAAAUCCUUUUUGGAUGUCUUCCUUUGUUAAGCUCUGAAACAGUUUCUACUUAUGCAGCAGUUGGCUAAGGAAAUACUCCUCCUUCUGUAGGCGCAUUUCAUUGUGUGAAUAACAGGAAUCACUUGAAUUCAGCAGUAUGCUGCCAACACUAGAGACAGAAGGAAAACUUUCUCUUCAUAAAUCAGACUCUGAAAACUCUGAAGAUGGCUCCAUAGGAAGAAUUUAUUGGAAGAAGAAGAAUAAGCAUUUUUGGCAAAACUUCCACAAAAGCCCAAAAGAAAUAAUGAGGCAGACUUCAAAGGGUGAAUGUGUUGACUACAUCGCCAGCCAAAUAACAAUGAGUGAUGAAGAGAGAAUCCAACUGAUGUUGAUGGUGAAAGAAAAAAUGAUCACUAUUGAGGAGGCCCUAGCCAGGCUGAAGGAAUAUGAGUUCCAGAAAAGAAUGCCAGACACAGAGUACUCAGUAGACUGGGCUAAGGCUUUAUAUCCAGCCUGUGACAAGUCUUCCAACUGUUAUUCAGUAGAACAAUCAGAAGAUGAGUUGGAAGAUACAGUAAAAUUUAAGAGACUCCAAAAACUGGUGAAUUCAACACGUCGAGUCAAGAAGAAACUAAUUAGGACAGAAGAAGGAUUAGAUGAUCAAACUAUUCAUUAUUCUCCUUUAGUGGAUAAUACACCUGUACUUUAUGAUGUUCACAAGAAGCUGCUUUGUAAUGAAAGAUCAGCAGACAAAAAGCAAGAUGAUGGCUUAUUAUGCGUAUCUUCCUCCUUUACUAACAAAGGAACAAUAAAUGUAAACAGGAAACUUGUAAAGACAUUGAGCAAAUCUGAAUCUGGAGGUCUAAUAAAGACCCCAAAGAAGAUUGGCACAUUCUUUUCCUGCCCUGAAGAUGAAAAGGUUCAGAAGGUCUCCCAUUCUGUGACAGAAAAAGAGAUGAAAAAAAGCUUUGUCUCGUUAAAUCAUGGUAGGACAUCCAGUUUUGGUGGAUUUGACCUCACUAACCGCAGACUGCAUGCUGGGAAUUAUGAUGAACAAUUGGAAAAAGACGUAGACGUAAUCUACAAUGAAGUGGUCAAGUCCCCAUCUACCCCACGCAUAUCUCUCAGUAAAAAAGUGAAGUCAGUUAAAGAAACCAUGAAGAAAAAAAUGUCCAAAAAAUACUCAAGUUACAUUUCAGAACAGGACUCCAGCACUGAUGAUAUACUGGCCUCCCCUGAAAUUCCUCAGCCUCAUAUUAGCUCUCUAGAAAAGCCUCAACUUAAAGAAGGAGGUUCUGUAGAAAGUCUUCGGAGCUCACUUAGUGGACAGAGUUCAAUGAGUGGGCAAACAGUGAGCACAACAGAUUCUUCAGCUAGUAACAGAGAAAGUGUCAAAUCUGAAGAUGGGGAUGAUGAUGAACCAGCAUAUAGAGGACCAUUCUGUGGAAGAGCCAGAGUUCACACAGAUUUUACACCUAGUCCAUAUGACUCAGAUUCCUUAAAACUUAAGAAGGGAGACAUUAUCGAUAUUAUAAGCAAGCCUCCUAUGGGUACAUGGAUGGGUCUAUUAAAUAACAAAGUUGGAACAUUUAAAUUCAUUUACGUGGAUGUAUUAAAUGAAGCUGAGAAAAAAACAAAACGAUCAAGAAGCAGAGGAAAAGGACUACUAAAGCCAAAGUCUGUUGAAGAUCUCUUAGAGCGCAUCAAUUUAAAGGAGCACAUGCCAACCUUUCUUUUUAAUGGCUAUGAAGACCUGGAUGCCUUUAAACUUUUGGAGGAAGAAGACUUGGAUGAACUGAAUAUCCAAAACCCAGAGCACAAAGCAGUUUUGCUUACAGCAAUUGAGCUGUUGCAAGAAUAUGAUAGUAACAGUGAUCAUUCAGGGUCCCAGGAGAAAAUGCACACAGAAGUUGAAAGUACAAGCGGGUGCUCCCACCGGGACUCCGGAUGUUUUGAAAGCAGUGAGAAUCUUAAAAAUGGAAAGACUCUAAGGCCUUCCCCCACGUAUGCUGAAUCAUCAUCAAGUCUUGAUUGCAACAGAAGCACGAAAAUUAAUUCUUCAACAGUGAAUGAGUUAUUGUCAAGGGAAGCUGUCAAACUAAGUGAAAAUAGGAACAUUAAUAAGCUCCACAGCUUAGCUAGCUGUGCAAAGUCAGCUAAUAUCAUAGGAUCAAAGAAGAAAGGGCGAAGCCUUCCAUUACUUUGUAGUAGUUGUGAAAUAGAUAGAGCCCAGUUUGUAAAAUUGUGCCUACGAUCUUAUUCUCUGCAAAAUUUGCCAGGUGCCACCCAAGAUGCCACCCAGAACAAAUUAUUUUCUCCAGAUAAGGGUAAAGAAAUAUGUAACUUUGCUAUAGAUAAAGAAGGAGAUGUACACAGAUGGAUUUCUUGCAGAGUACAACCUGUGAAGAACUUUAAGGAUGAGUUGGUUGAUGCUACACCAAGCAAUAGCGGUGUGAAAAGUCAAGAGAAAAUAAAUUUGAUUUUACAACACCUUACAAAGUCUGACAGUUCAGUUAGAAUAUCUAUACCUUUAUGUUCUACUAAAGUACAAGCAAAGAAAUCUUCACAGCCUCCACCAGUUCCAGUCAAAAAAUGUAAAGGACGGUUUGUUAAUGGGCUAUUUCAUCUCCCCACUAUUGACAGUGAGACAAAUACAGAGGAAAGUUUUCUUUCAAAUACAAAAAUGGGCCCACUCAGCCAAGAUGAUUAUCCAAAGCUUUCAUAUCCUGUGGGUGAAUCCACUACCCCCACUUCUCCUAGACCUUCUUGCUUGCCCAAAAUUCCAGAAACUCCUAGUAAUACUCAGCAUGCAGUAAAGCUACUCCCUGUGUAUGCAAAAAAAAUCUCAUGUAGCAAAGGAAAAGAUCUGCAGGUUUUAAUAGAAAACAAACUGCUAUCUGAGAAGAUUGACCUCACAGAAGAGCCAUAUUCUGAUAAGCAUGGACGAUAUGGGAUCCCAGAGGCAUUAACUGAACGUUAUUCUGAAGAUUUAGGGCAGCCAGAGAAGGAUGUGGCAGCAACAAUGGACCUGAUACGAGCUAAACAUCUGAUGAAAUUACAUCGUAUGGCUAUACUGAGUGGAGGACUUACUGAAAUCUGCAGAAAACCUGUUUCACCCAGACAUAUUUCAUCAGUCACAGAUUGGCUUGUGUCAGUUGGACUUCCCAUGUAUGCUCGCCCUCUUGCAGAAGCAGGAAUUACAACCUUGAGUACAUUGCCUUCUCUUUCACUGACUCAUCUGCAAAAAGCAGGGAUAAAGGAGGAGAGACACAUAAAUAAGCUCUUAAGUGCAACAAGAAUUCUAAAAUCCAUGUGUUCAGAGGCUGUAAACAGUUCAGUUUUUGAUGCACAGUGAGACCUGUCAAAUCUUGAAGUUAUGGGGCUAAUAUACUAAUACUAAUAGUGCCAGUGCAGUAAUCAAUAACAGUCAACCAUUAUUUUGUUAUAAUCAAUACACUAAAAGUUAUAAGUUAAAGAAAAACUCUGGUUGUUAUGGGUGCAAUUUAGUCAGUGUUGUGUAGUUAUAUGAGCUUGAAAGUUAUGUGAAAACAUAUUUUUUGCAAUAUUGUUGACCGAUUGUAGUCAUUCUUGUAAAGUGGGCCAUUAAAUAUUUUGUGUGUCAAUGUAUUGAAUUGGAUUUAAUGAGCGUGAGCUAAUUCAUUUGCCAUUUGGCUGCCUUUUGUGGUUUAUCCAUCAUAGCCUAUAUAUAACUUUUGUUGCCUUAAACAAUUUUAUAAAA